AUGGCAUCACCGUCAACUUGUUACCGCAUAGUUAUGCUUGGGAAAGGUGCUGUUGGGAAGACGAGUAUAUCGACCCAAAUGGUAUCUGGUAUCUUCAAGACCCUAUACGAGCCGACAAUUGAAGAUUCUUUUAAGACGUCUGUAGAUUUAGAAGGGGAGGUAUGUACAUUAGAGAUCCUUGACACGGCUGGACAAGAUGAAUACAAUAGUUUACGGGAUCAAUAUGUUAAAAUGGGAGAUGGGUUCAUCAUUGUCUAUUCCAUCAUUGAGCAACAAUCCUUUUUCGACGUGAAUAUCUACAAAGAUGUGCUUCACGUUCUUCUCGGAAAGAGUCAAGAAGAACACGUUAACGCUUGUCUCUGUGCUAACAAACUCGACUUGGAAGAGUAUCGCGUCGUACCCACAGAGAACGGCGCGGCUCUCGCAAAGGAACUCGGUCUCAUCUUUUAUGAGGUCUCCGCUAAGACAAACAUCAACAUCGCCGAAAUGUUUAAAGCACUGUUGAAGGUCAUUAAGGAGGACAGAAUACUCAACGAAGCUAAAAGACCACAGGAAGAACAGAAAAAGAAGAAAUGCCUUCUCUUCUAG